AAACGCACCGGUAAAUCUGACACAUUCAAGGUCCGUUCUCGCGUUCUCGCUGUCUUUCUGUUGUCCUCGUCAUUCGUGUAAGAUCAUCAGCAGUUUUGCUCGGAUUGGACUACAGCAGGAUAAAAUUUCGAUUAAUACGUAUUUUAUAGCCAAAUAUUAACAGCCUGCAGCCAUGACGGACUACGCCAAACAAUUUAUGCUCCUGCUAAUGAAUGAAAAAUGUUACGACAAUUACUUCGUAGACUUUGACUUCUUCGAUGGCGAUUGCUUCAAAGCGCUGCUCAGCAAAGGCCUAGGAUUGGGAAUUAUUGCCGGAUCUGUGUUGGUUAAGGUUCCUCAAAUUACCAAAAUUCUGGCCAACAAAUCUGCCCAAGGCAUCAACCUUUUCAGCGUUUGUUUGGAUCUGUUCGCGAUCACAAUUCACAUGGCAUAUAGUUUUGUGAGUGGAUUUCCAUUUAGUGCUUGGGGAGACACAUCUUUCUUGGCACUUCAAACGGCAAUGAUUGCAUUUUUGGUUCUGCACUUCGGAGGAGCCGCGGCCAAGGCAGUUUCUUUCGCUGUCGUGUAUUCUGUCAUGACAUACGUUCUUAUGGGAGGACUUACGCCGCUAAACUAUCUGCUAAUAGCUCAGGGCUUCAACGUUCCUAUUCUGCUUAUAGGAAAACUGUCACAAGCUUUCACCAAUUACAAGAAUGGCGGAACGGGUCAAUUGUCAGCUGUGACCUGCUUUAUGUUGCUAGCUGGUUCGUUGGCGCGAAUCUUCACGUCCAUCCAGGAAACUGGCGAUCAAAUGAUGGUCAUUACCUAUGGCUGCUCCUCGUUUGCUAAUGCAGUUAUUGUCUCGCAAUUGCUGUACUACUGGAACUCUGAUAAGAAAUCGCAAAGAAAAUCUUCGCCGAAAAAGCCAUCCAAAGCCAAAGCAAAGAAAACCGACUAAACUGUUUGUACAAACUGAGGUGAAACAUCACAACUAAAAGACAACAAAAAUUCCGUUAUAGUAGAAGUACAAAAUCGUAAGCUCUAACUAUGUAGGUAUUUUGACAGAGUGAGGUUCGUUCAAUUAAAUUAGAAUAUUCGAUUUUGAUUAGGUUCCACAUUUAGAUGUUGGUAACUGCAUUUCUUCUUAUUCAGGUCAUUCAAUAGUUUUACUUCAAGUUUGAAGUAAAAUUUUACAAAAGAGAUUAGGUGCUCUAAAAAUAUAACUUUUCUCUAUAGAAAAACAAUAAAAAUGUAAAAUAUCCUGUGGAUAAAAA